UAUAUAUAUAGUGCUCUUGCGUUAGCAAGUUUUAUAGAGUUAGUUGUCUUAAGUCUCAUUACUUAUUAGAGAGAGAAAGAUAGAUAGAGCGAAUUAUGGCGUAUACUCCUGGUGUUCUUACACACUGGCCAUGGGAGCCUCUUGGUAGCUUUAAGUAUAUUGUAGUGGCACCUUUUAUGGUACACAGCAUAUACUUGUAUGUAGUAGGAGCAGAAGAAAGAGAUCUAACGUACCUUGCUAUACUUCCAUUCAUGCUAUGGAGGAUGCUUCACAACCAAAUUUGGAUCACUAUUUCGCGGCAUCGAACAGCCAAAGGCAACAACCUUAUUCUUGAUAAGAGCUUAGAGUUCGAACAAGUUGACAGGGAAAGGAAUUGGGAUGAUCAGAUACUGCUGAAUGGGAUCUUGUUUUAUGUUGGCUAUUUGGCGCUACAAACUGCAAAAAACUUGCCCUUUUGGAGAACUGAUGGUCUAAUUCAUAUGUUCCUGCUUCAUGCUGGUCCAGUGGAGUUUCUCUAUUACUGGUUCCAUCGCGCUCUCCACCAUCACUAUCUCUACUCGCGCUACCACUCCCAUCACCAUACUUCCAUUGUCACCGAGCCCAUAACUUCGGUGAUUCAUCCAUUUGCUGAACAUAUAGUAUACUUCAUUCUCUUUGCCAUUCCAAUUCUAUCGACAGUAUUAACUCGAACCUCCUCGAUAAUUUCAAUAACCAUCUAUGCUACUUACAUUGACUUGAUGAACAAUAUGGGUCAUUGCAACUUCGAGGUUGUUCCUAAAUGGUUGUUUACCAUAUUUCCUCCACUUAAGUACCUCAUGUACACUCCCUCGUUUCACUCUCUACAUCAUACUCAGUUUAGGACAAACUACUCACUUUUCAUGCCAUUUUAUGACUAUAUCUAUGGAACCAUGGACAAGUCCACGGAUACUCUAUACGAAACUUCUCUUAAGAAGCCGGAUGAUGUUCCUGAUAUUGUUCAUCUUACUCAUAUGACAACACCACAGUCUCUUUACCAACUUAGAUUGGGAUUUUCCGGCCUUGCCUCGAAUCCUCUGACCUCGACAUGGUAUCUCUGGCUCAUAUGGCCUCUCACACUAUGGUCUAUGAUCUUGACAUGGAUAUAUGGACAAACAUUCAUCGUUGAAAGAAAUACCUUUAAGAAGCUUAAGGCACAGUCAUGGGCUGUACCGCGCUAUAGGAUACAUUAUCUUUUACAAUGGCAACGAGCUGCUAUCAACAAGUUGAUCGAAGAAGCCAUACUAGAGGCAGAGGAGAAAGGGAUCAAAGUAGUGAGCCUCGGACUUUUAAAUCAGGGGGACAAUUUUAAUAAAAAUGGUGAAAUUCACUUGGAAAAACAUCCUAAGCUCAAAGUGAAAGUGGUUGAUGGUAGCAGCUUAGCUGUCGCGGUGGUCCUUAACAACAUCCCAACAGGAACUACUCGAGUUCUGUUUAGGGGUAGGCUCACUAAGGUUGCUUACUCCAUUGUCUCCGCGCUGUGCCACAAGGGUAUCCAGGUUGUUACCGUCAGACAGGCUGGAUAUGAGAAGCUUAAAAAGACAAUGACAAAAGAAGAUGGCGCGAAUCUGUCCCUUUCAGUAAAAGGCUGCAAUGAGAAGGUAUGGUUAGUAGGGGACGAUUUGUCAGAAAUCGAGCAGUCUAUGGCAUCGAAGGGAACUAUAAUGAUUCCCUAUUCUCAGUUCCCUCCCAAGAAAACAAGAAAAGACUGCUUCUACUUAAACACUCCAUCGAUGGUGGCACCUACGUCUUUUGGAAACUUGCAUUGUUGCGAGAACUGGCUGCCAAGAAGGGUGAUUAGUGCGUGGCGUGUGGCCGGAAUUGUACAUGCCUUGGAAGGAUGGAAUGUAAACGAAUGUGGUGAUCAGCUCUUCGACGUAGACAAAAUCUGGAAAGCUUCCCUUGAACAUGGAUUCCGCCCUUCCCCUGAUCGACCCCUGCUCGGUUAAGUAGUGAAAGCAUUCUAUAAUGUUAUACUUGUAUAAGCAUAUGAUUAUAAGAUGAAGAAGCUAGCUGAAAUUCUAUUUUAUAUUUUUGUCCUUCAGAACUUGGUAAUAUGUGAUACUUUAAUGCAUGUUAUUGUGACUUGAAAUUCUGAUCCUGUUAAAUUGGAUUUUCUGGAUUUGGUUUAUAUGUACAAAUACAUUUUUUUUAUGUUGAUUAUACAAUUUGGUCUUUGAUUGUUGUGAA